AUGAGGUCAUCAAAUACUAAUCCAUUCAAGGAUCAGCCUUACUCUUUCGCAAAGAAGUUUGUGCCUUAUACAUUAUGUGCUUUUCUUCCUGUAGCCCUCAUUUAUUUAUAUUUCGACCCUUUCUCUCUUUCUCCCACCGAUCAGCUAUAUUGGAACAAUCGUGUCGUCGUCCAUUCUUCUCCUCCUCCUCCUCCUAUUUCGCUAGAAGAGAGGAAAAAAACUGGUGUUCGAACAUCAUGUGACUACAGCAAUGGGAAAUGGGAUCCAACCAAUUUAGGCCCUUUAUACAAUGGCACAACCUGUGGGACAAUUAAGCACGGCCAAAAUUGCAUGGUUUUUGGCAGGCCAGACAAGGAUUACCUCUAUUGGAAAUGGACCCCUAAAGAAUGCAAACUCCCCAGAUUUGACCCCAAAACUUUCCUUCAACUCCUCGAAAAUAAGCACAUAGCCUUCGUAGGGGACUCCUUGGCCAGAAACCAAUUGGAAUCAUUGCUGUGUUUGGUGGCCACUGCCUCAAGCCCUAAUCUUUUCUACACGGAUGGUGAAGGCAAGUUUAGGAAAUGGAAUUUCCCUUCUCAUAAUAUGAAUAUAUCGAUUUAUUGGUCUCCAUUUCUAGUACGAGGUAUCGAGAAAACCCUCGAAAACAAUUUCAACACAUUGUACUUGGAUUCUGUGGAUGAGAGAUGGGCUUCAGACAUGGAUCAUAUAGACAUUCUUGUUUUGUCGGUUGGACAUUGGUAUUUACAUCCUGCAUAUUAUCACUAUGGAGAUUCUGUACUAGGUUGUCAUUACUGUCAAAACUGUACAGAAAUUGGAUUCUAUGAUGUUUUUGGCAAGGCAUUGAAUACUACAUUUCAAACAGUCAUAGAAAGAAGAGGAUCCGAUCCCGGUGGGAGUGAAAUUAGUGUGGUGUUGACUACAUUUUCACCGGCACAUUUUGAAGGGGAAUGGGACCAAUUUGGGGCAUGUUCUAAGAUUAAGCCUUAUGAUGAAACUGAGAAGAAGCUUGAAGGGAUGGAUUUAGAAAUGAGGAAAGUAGAAUUGGAACGAGUGAAUUUUGCAAAAUUAAAGGCUGAGAAAUUCGGUAACAUAAGAUUUGAAGCAUUGGAUGUGACAAAAUUGGCUUUGUUGAGACCGGAUGGGCAUCCCGGGCCUUAUAUGAACCCCUUUCCAUUCGCUAACGGAAUUGCCGAUCGUGUACCGAAUGACUGUGUGCAUUGGUGUUUACCGGGGGCAAUCGACACAUGGAAUGAGAUUUUGUUAGAUGUCAUCAAGAGAUGGGAGAGUAGAGUAGGAAGAUAA